CAGUGGGCGGGACCAGUAGACUGCGAGUCAAUCAGAGGAAACCGUUACGCGACGCUCGUUUCGCAUCACUCCAUCCGACCGGGUCGCUGAGAAUAGCGUUAAUUCAGAUAAUUAAGAUAAUUCAGAUCGAAAUGUUACAUCUGCGUUCUUUGUCGGGGCUCACAGACGUGUUCCAGUCCAACCUUAAGCGGCCCUUGUCCUGCGUGGCGGGGGGGAGCACAGCGCGAUGUCUCAGCAGCGAGUGGCCGGCGGGGAGGCUGCCGAACCGGGGCAGCUGGGCACCUGCUCCGGCCCCCUGGAGCCUCCACCGAACCCCGGCCGCCCGGCCCCCGCACCCGGCCGUACACACGCAGACCAGAGCCCUCUGCUCCAAGAGCGACGGCGGCGGUGAGACGAGCAAGGACUCGGCCGCGGAGAAGAGAAGGAAGGCGGGCAUCCUGCCCAGCCUGGAGGACCUCCUGUUCUACACCAUCGCCGAGGGCCAGGAGAGGAUCCCCGCCCACAAGUUCACCACGGCUUUGAAGGCCACUGGUCUCCGGACCGGAGACCCCCGCCUCAAGGAGUGUAUGGAGAUGCUGAAGGUCAUCAUGAAGACCACGUCGGAUGGAGCCCUGGACCGGCACCUUUUCAAGAAGUGUGUGCAGAGUAACAUCGUGCUGCUGACGCAGGCGUUCCGCAAGAAGUUCGUCAUCCCGGACUUCCAGCCCUUCUGCGCGCACAUCGACGAGCUCUACCACAACGCCAAGAAGAUACCUGGGGGGCAGGUGGCGGACUACAUCCCCCAGCUGGCCCGCUUCAGCCCCGACCUCUGGGCCGUGUCCCUCUGCACCGUAGACGGACAGAGGCACACGGUGGGGGACACCAAGGUGCCGUUCUGCCUGCAGUCGUGUGUGAAGCCGCUGAAGUACGCCAUCGCCGUGCACGACCACGGCACCGACUACGUGCACCGCUUCAUCGGCAAGGAGCCCAGCGGCCUGCGCUUCAACAAGCUCUUCCUCAACGAGGACGAUAAACCCCACAACCCCAUGGUGAACGCCGGAGCCAUUGUGUGCACGUCACUUAUUAAGCACGGAGCGAGCAACGCUGAGAAGUUCGACUAUGUUAUGGACUUCAUGAACAAAUUGGCAGGAAAUGAGUAUGUAGGCUUCAGCAAUGCCACGUUCCAGUCAGAGCGAGAGUCAGGAGACCGCAACUUUGCUAUUGGCUACUACCUGAAGGAGAAGAAGUGUUUCCCCGAGGGAACGGACAUGACCUCCAUCCUGGAUUUCUACUUCCAGCUCUGCUCCAUAGAGGUCACCUGUGAGAGCGCUAGCGUCAUGGCGGCCACACUGGCCAACGGCGGCUUCUGUCCAAUCACAGGAGAGCGUGUCCUGAGCCCGGAGGCGGUGCGGAACACCCUGAGCCUCAUGCACUCCUGUGGCAUGUACGACUUCUCAGGCCAGUUCGCCUUCCACGUGGGCCUGCCGGCCAAGUCUGGGGUGUCGGGGGGGAUCCUGCUGGUGGUGCCCAACGUGAUGGGGGUCAUGUGUUGGUCGCCCCCGCUGGACAAGCUGGGCAACAGUGUCAGAGGGAUCCGCUUCUGCACCGAUCUGCUGUCUCUGUGUAACUUCCACAACUACGACAACCUGAAACACUUCGCCAAGAAACUGGACCCCCGCAGGGAGGGGGGAGACCAGAGGGUGAAGUCUGUGAUUAAUCUGCUGUUUGCUGCCUACACUGGAGACGUGUCCGCGCUGAGGAGGUUUGCGCUGUCCUCCAUGGAUAUGGAGCAGAGGGACUACGACUCGCGGACGGCGCUCCAUGUGGCGGCAGCCGAAGGUCAUGCUGAGGUGGUUCGGUUCCUCCUGGAGGCCUGUAAGGUCAACGCAGUCCCUAAAGACAGGUGGGGGAACACCCCUAUGGACGAGGCGGUGCAUUUCGGCCAUCAUGACGUGGUCACCAUCCUGCAGGACUACCACCCCCCCCCCAGCCCCCCCCAGCCCCCCCAGACCCCUGAGGUGGCAGGGAACAACCUGGACGGCCUGCUAUAGCCCUUAACCCUCCCU